AUGGACACACCACCAUAAAAUAAUUCAAAAUAUAAUGUGGAUGAUGAUUUUAGACAUGAUGUUUGCUAAAGAAUCUAUACUAAAACAGGAAGUAAUAUAAAUAAUAAUAAAUAGAAAUGAAUCAAAAUUAAAUUUAAUAAGCAAAAUAAUUUUCAGAAAAAGAUUAACUAUAGAAAAUGUAGAAUGAUUUAAGAGGACAAUUAAAAUAUAUUGAAGAAACUAAUUGGAUGUUUGAAGGUUUAAAUAAUAACAAUGAUAAUUUUUGA